AUGGGUGAUGUCGUGUCCUCUGAUUAUCAAGACGAUACACGUAUUCGACGUCACACCGUAAGCCGUACAUCUACAGGUGUCACGAGUAGUCGUGACCGCCGUUCCUCUGCUCCACGGCGGCUCAACUCUACCGCAAGCGAGAAUAGAUCUCUCCUGCAACCCUCGACGGAGAGUGGCCACUCCUUAGUGUCUUCUAUGCUCUAUAUUACCACCUCACAAUGCGCCUCGCCCUCGUUGGGACCGAUAUUCCCACCACGUAGUGACAAAAAUACCAGUUUGAGACACAGGAAAGCUCUAUAUAUUGUGAAUGAAGACUUUGACAGCGGGCUCGCUUCAUUGUUGCAGGACAUGGUAUUGUCGGAACCGCUUCCUGAACCAAGCGACAUUCCUACGAGAGAACCUAUAUACCAGAACGAUAUAUUCGAUCCACAGGUACUAUCAUAUGACCUCGAACAGGAGCAUCAACAAGACGCGCCGAUGCGGUACCGGCGCUUCGCGUACGAUAGGGAUAUCACUCCUGGAGAGUGGUCUACUUUGCAAGAGCACGUUCUUGCUCUUUGGAACGGCGAUGGUGGUUUUACCCAGGCGCGGGACGCCGAGAUGAAAACGCGAACUCGCGUAGAUGAAUGGAACGCCCGGUUCUUUAACUCGAGGAGCAUGCUCCUCGUCCUGUUCGCUGGGAACGUAGCCAAAGGUGGAUCGCUCUCGGGAUGGAAAGAAACAAAGAUUGCUUUCAAAAUUACCAACGACUUGGGCGCUUCAACAGAAGAAGAGGAUGAAAGCAUCACCGACUCGGUUGAUACGUCAAAACACGGGGGUGAACCAUCUAUGGUCCCCAAUCGGUCUCGCGGCCUGCCAUAUGCUCUUGUUAUGUACGAUCUCCAACGCUCGCAUCUACCACGGGCAGUCCAGGAUGCUCGCGCCAGUCGAGCGCCGGGGUUCCUUCUUCCUAGGAUGGGUAGUCCGCCGACACGCAAGCCGCUCCCCAAAAAAGGUUACUCGGUACCCACAAAUCCUCGUAGAGAGAAGACUGCAUCUUUAUCGUCCGCUGGUCCAUCGACCGCACGUGGCAACGCCAAGCGCAUCUUUUACUCUCUUGCCACUGAUAGGGCCCGUAUAAAGUGGGAGGUGGAUCAAGACAAGGCCCUUUUAGAUUCUCCUCCACUCUCGCUGACCGCACACUCUGGCCGUUUCUUCAACGCAUCUUCCUUUCUCCAUUCUACCAAGAGAACCAUCUAG